CAUUAAAUCUAGCAUUUGCUAUAACUCAUGUAAUGUUUGAAGACAAAUAUCUUACAGAUUGAAUCCAUUAUGAUAUUUUUUAUACAACAUACAACCCAAUAUAUUGAUUCAAUCUCUAAGAUAUUUGAACUCAAACAUUAUAUUUAUGUAUAGUUUGUUUAUAAUGGUCUAGUUGGUAGAUUGUAUACUCUGAUCAUGAUUGGAAAAUUAUGAUUUUAAAUGUCUCAAUUACAUUUUCGAUCAAAAUACUUUGCACACGCACACAAAUAAUGAAAAUAAUUGAUUGUCGUAUCUUGAAAAAGUAUAUUCGCUUAGUCAAGCAUCAUAAUAGAAAAUACCGAUGGUGGAAAAAUAUCACAAUAUAUGUUUAAACUUUAAAUAUGACAUUCUUAUCAAAAUUAUAAAACCAUGGGUUUCACUAUACACUUUAAUGUUCGUGGUCCAUCUUAAAUCAUCCAGGCAAUCCAACUAGUAUGAUGAGUACAUAUAUGUAUGUAAAUAUAUUUAAUUGAUUUCUUAUUGCAUAUGUAUAUAUAUAUAAUCAGCUAUACAUAAUACACUAGUACUAUAGUCCGGAAAAGGAAGGCAUGGAAGUCAACCGCUUCUUCUUGAAUCUCCUCAUUCUCUCCUCCAUCUUCAUCACCAUCUCCAGAUCUGAUGAUGCAGAUUGUGUUUACACGCUAUACAUAAGAACGAGCACAAUCAUAAAGGGUGGAACAGACUCUAUAAUUACGACGACGUUUUACGACGCAGACGGGUACGGCAUCAAGAUUAAGAACAUCGAGGCAUGGGGCGGGCUGAUGGGCCCGGGUUACGACUACUUCGAGAGAGGAAACCUGGACAUCUUCAGCGGGCGAGGCCCGUGUUUGUCAGGGCCCAUUUGCGCGAUGAACCUGAGUUCCGACGGGUCGGGUUCGGGCCACGGAUGGUACUGCAACUACAUCGAGGUCACCUCCACCGGCGUCCACUUGCCCUGCUCGCACCUUAAUUUCGAGGUGGAGCAAUGGCUGGCUACGGAUGCGCCGCCCUAUCAGCUCUCCACCUUCCAAAACCUCUGUAACUCCGAUCUCACCGCCAUUCACCAUCCGGAUUCAUCAACGCUGUCUGUCAUUUGACUUCUCGCUCAUCUUGUAAUUGGAAUAAAUGGAUGGACCAGAUUGCCCUUUUUUCAGAGGGCUUCGUGUUUUACUAAAAUAAUGCUUUGUCCUAAUGCUCACUAGUUUGAGUAUAUAAGUUGCAAUAUUUGAGUGAAAAUUCGUGAAAUUUUGGUGGGUUGUAAAGGAAUUAAGUCAUUCGUGAUCUACUCAUAACUCGAUUCCAUAAAAA